AUGGUAAAAUCUUGGCCAACUUCUAUUAGAUUUCUCGAUGUCUCUAUUAAUUUACUUGAAGGUGCCCUUGACACAGGCUUCUGCACAAACUCAACCUACAUUGAAGUUCUUAAUCUCUCAUUGAACUUGUUUAGUGGAAAUUUCCCCGUUGGUUUCGGGAACUGCACAUCCUUACAACAUCUCUCCAUUAAUUCCAAUUAUCUUUCAGGGACUCUACCAAGUGAUUUAUGGAGGCUAAAGAAGUUAAACCGAUUAUAUAUUCAGGACAAUUGUCUCUCGGGGUCAUUGAAUGGAUUAGGUAACUUGUCGAACCUUGUCCAGUUUGAUUUAUCACAAAAUGAGUUCACGCAGACACUCCCGGAUAAUUUUACUAGCUUAGCAAAACUAGAGUAUUUUUCAGCUCAUUCAAACAACUUGUCAGGUCCUCUGCCAGCUUCAUUGCUAACAUCUCCACUGGUUUAUUAUCUGAAUCUUCGCAAUAAUUCUUUAAGUGGUUCAAUUAAUCUUAAUUGGACAAAGAUGGUUAAUCUCAGAUCGCUUCAUCUCGGUUACAAUAAAUUUCAUGGUCCAAUACCCGACAGCCUCUCUUACUGUCGAGAACUAAGAAAUUUAGGACUGCGUCAGAACUACCUUAACUCUCAACUCCCUGAUACAUUCAGGAACCUACAUUCCCUUUUCUUCCUAGCACUCACUAAUACCAACCUUUAUAAUAUUUCGUCCACCCUUGAAAUUUUACAACAAUGUAGGAACCUAACAGUCCUGAUUCUUGCCUCAAAUUUCCAUGGUGAAGACAUGCUCGCAAACGCAAAUCUCCAGUUUCAAAGCCUGAAGGUUCUGGUUAUUCCAGAUUGUGGUCUGACAGGUUUGAUUCCAAAAUGGUUAAGAAGCUGUUCCAAGUUGCAGGUCUUGGAUAUUUCUAGGAACCACUUCAGUGGGUUCAUUCCAAACUGGUUAAGCGGUCUUAAAUUUCUCUUUCACAUAGAUAUGUCAAACAAUUCUCUAUCUGGAGAAAUCCCAAAAGGCUUAACCAGACUGCAAAGCCUCAUUUAA